AUUCUUACACCACCCAAUCUCUCUCUCUGUCCCCCACUAGGGUUUCUAGCGUUUCUCUCUCGCUCUCUCUCUCGCUUACAAUGGCCGACGAAGCGCAGUACUCGUCCGGCAGUGACACCACCACCAACAAGCGCAAGUACGAGGACCCAACGGUGCCGUCCACUGGUUCUCGCAGGCCCACCGGCUUCUCCGCGCCGAUCGCGCCUCAGUCACCUGACUCGGUCCACGCGCAGCCUCCAUCCUACAACAACGUCCCGCCGCCCGUAGACGGCUUGACGCUCGCCAAGCAGCGCGCCCAGGAGGUCGCCGCACGCCUCUUCAACAACUCUGGCGCCGGCGCUGGCGCCGGAAUACUCGACGUCAAGCGCCCUAAGAUUGAGAAUGGUGCUUCUGGCUUCGAUUCCAGCGAUACUGGGUUCAGCUCCGUUCCUCCAGAUGUGAAGCCUCAUCCUCUGCACUCGGUGCCUGCAGCGCCUACCUCAUAUGGCUUCCAGAGUUCGAGCAAAAAAAUUGAUAUUCCGAACGGUAGGGUCGGUGUUAUUAUUGGGAAAGGCGGAGAGACCAUUAAAUAUCUUCAGCUUCAGUCUGGAGCGAAGAUCCAAGUCACUCGGGAUAUGGAUGCGGAUCCCAAUUCUCCGACUAGGAUGGUGGAGCUCAUGGGUACUCCAGAACAGAUUGCCAAGGCUGAGCAGCUGAUAAGUGAAGUUCUUUCCGAGGUGGCUGAAGCAGGCGGUUCUGGCAUAGUUUCGCGAAGAGUGACUGGACAAUCUGGAUCUGACACAUUUGUAAUGAAAGUCCCAAAUAACAAGGUUGGUCUUGUAAUCGGUAAAGGAGGAGAAACAAUUAAAAAUAUGCAAGCCAGGACUGGAGCUCGUAUUCAGGUGAUACCGUUGCAUCUGCCCCCUGGUGAUACAUCGCAAGAAAGGACAUUACAGAUUGAUGGGACCAACGAACAAAUUGAGUCUGCUAAACAGUUGGUCAAUGAAGUCAUCAGCGAGAAUCGUGUGAGAAAUCCAGCAAUGGCUGGAGGAUAUUCUCAGCAAGGUUAUCAAGCACGACCUCCCACGGCCUGGGGUGCACCUGGGGCUCCUCCCAUGCAACAACCAGGUUAUGGCUAUGUGCAGCCCGGAGCAUAUCCGGGGCCAUCUCCCCAGUAUAACAUAUCUCAGCCCUCUUAUCCAGGCUAUCCUCAACCUACCUCUGGUGGUUAUCCCUCCAAUUGGGACCAGUCAACUGGUGCACCAUCUCAGCAGACUUCUCAGGGAACUGGUUAUGAUUAUUACAGUCAACAGCCAGCUUCACAGCAACAGCAAACACCUGGUGGUACUGCAGCUCCAGCAGAUAAUUCUGGUUACAAUUACAGUCAGCAACCACCUUCAAGCUAUAAUCAACAGGGACAAGGUUAUUCUCAAGAUGGCUAUGGUGGGUAUCAGGCACCACCUCAAUCUGGAUAUGGCCAGCCACCAGCAUAUGAUCAGCAGCAAGGUUAUACUACUGCAUCUAGCUAUGGGAAUGUGACCAACCCAGCACAAGAUGGGCACACUCCGUCCUACGCGUCUCAGGGGGAUUCAGCCCAAGCUCCACCUGUCCAGGCUUCUUCUGUGGGCCAGCCAGGAUACACUGGUGCUCAACAGCCUAGCCCAAGUCCUGCAAGUUACCCACCUCAAGGAACAACUCAGCCUGGUUAUGGGAUGCCCCCAACUUCCCAAACUGGUUAUGGAAAUCAGCCACCGGCUCAGUCUGGAUAUGGGCCUGGCUACGGACCACCUCAAGCCCAAAAACCUCUUGCCAAUCCCCCAGUUUAUGGGCAGCCUACACAGUCACCCGGCACCCCUGGAGGCUAUGGCCAGCCUGCCCCUGUGCAGCCAGGAUAUCCCCAUUCUCAGCCACCACCAUCUAGUUAUGCUCAACCAGACUCUGGUUCACAACGUGCCCCACCAUCCAAUUAUGCUGCUGCUGCUGGUCAACCGGGUUAUGGGCCUCCAUCUUAUGGUGCGCCACCUGUUAGUCAGCCAGGUUAUGGACAGGCGCCCCCCCAAUACAACGCCUAUGGUAGUGCUUACGCGCAGCCUCCGGUUUAUUCUGCCGAUGGCAGUGCUGCUGCUUCUCAGACUGCUCAGCAGAGUGGAGUAGCCAAAACAUCACCCCAGAGUUGAUGAUAUCUGUGUCUUGCUUGUAACCCAAAUACGGUAUGGCGGGCCCUUGGUGGUGCAUGCAACAAUUUCUGAACUAGGUUUCAGCAUGUAUUACAGAUUUACUACUGCAGGGGAAGGUAAAGGAGAGACAGUGGGAUAAGCAAAUUGGCAAGGGCCUCGUGAUUUUUGCACUCAAGCUGUGAUAAUGACAGUUGUUUAAUAUGGUUCAAAAACAUGUCAAUUCCUAUCGUCAUAGAAGAUUUCUAUUACGAAAAGGCAUCUUUUGGUAGUACUUUGCCGAAUGAGUUUAGUCUUUCAUGAUGUUAAACGAGAUUAUCAAUGAUUUUAUAAUCGAGUAGGAGACAAAAAGAUUACUGAUUUUAUUGAUUUUUUUUUCGUUUUUGGGUUAAAUUGAAGUGGAUCUACAGUACAGGUAGUUCUCAUCUUUUCUUGCUGACUUGCUUGCGUGCGCACGCAUCAAUUUUUGUAAAACCAUUAUUCACCCCAUAUCUAAACAAAGUCGAAUUAGGAAAGAAAAAAAGAAAAAAAAACUCCAAUGGUCUACAAGGAUUCAUUUUUAUAAAAUUAUUCUUUUCUUAGGUUUAAAAUAUAGUCAUUUUUUUAAGGUUUGAAUCGUUAUGGAAUAACUCUUAUACCCUUUUUGUAAUAUUUUUCUUUUGUUUAAAUUUUGGUAGUAUUUUGUGUUCGUAGUGUUAAGUCUAUGAAACCAUGUUUUGUCCAAAAAAACCAAACACGUAUUUAUUGAUCCUUCAAGGAGGGAUUUGAAUAUGCCCAUUAGAAAAUGGGUUUCAGAAAAUUUGUCCUGACUGGGGGUUGUCGGUGAAGGUGCAAUUGACAACAACGACGGUGUUGUAUCCCCAAUCGGGAAGCAUCUUAGUGGAUUACCCCAACCCCGAUUGGGGAUAUGACCUUAAGUGGACAUUAUCAUUGUCAUUGUCAAGGCAACCAUGUGGCAAGUCCAGCUAACUAUAUUUGAUCGUGCGAGAGAUUUACGUGUUUACUUUUUAUUGACGUGACGUUUCAUCACGAUGCAACAUGUCAUUCAAUACUGUACAGAAUUUAAGUAAGGGUAUGAAAGAAGUGAUUUGAUAACA